CGUUUUCCAGUUUCCCAUGUGAGAGUGCUCCGCUUUUCGAAUCCGUCUAACGACAACACUGGGAUUCGCAAUGUGAUCUAUACCGUGAACCACAUUCGCAUUUUCAAGCGUUUUCCAGUUUCCCAUGUGAGAGUGCUCCGCUUUUCGAAUCCGUCUAACGACAACACUGGGAUUCGCAAUGUGAUCUAUACCGUGAACCACAUUCGCAUUUUCAAGCUGAAAAAGGAAAGACUCGAUCUGAAUGCAAUAAGGUGCCUUCAGAAGCCUUCACGUGUUCCUACUUUACCGCCAUUCGUACUCACGCCUUCCAACGGAGCAACGUGCGGCCUGUACCUACAAGUGGGCAAAGAGUACCUUCUGUCAGGUAUCUUUUGA